AUAACUCGCCGUGAAUCCCUCGACUUUCGUCCUCCCAGCCAUCAACAUCCAGCAUCGUUCUCUACACAAUAUAAUCAGACUUGUAAUCACUCUUUCUUCAUCAAUCCUAACGCGGCUUACCACACCCAUAAAUCCAUAAACAAAACAAUACCUCCCACAGCCAAGAUGCGCGCCUCAGCAGUUCUCAUGGCCCUCUUCGCCACCCUCGCCAUCGCCGUCCCAAGCAACCUCGACUCCGUCAACCUCCCCUCCCUCCUCGAGACCCGCCAAUGCGCAAAGGCGGGAACGUGCUCCAAGGGCGGCGACAAGGGCGAGAGCUGCUCCGCGCUUAAGUGCUGCAGCAAUUCCAAGUCUGGUCGUGGCGGACAGGUCUGCUGCUGUAACUAA